AUGCAGACCCUUCCGGACUGGCCCCCAGCGUCCGGGGCCCCACGGCCCUCUCCCUUCCCGCACCCGGGACUGCAUGCCCUCCACCGCCUGGCUCGAGCCCUGCUCUUCCCGGCUUACUGGGCCCUGGACCGGCUGCUGGGCUGCUGCGCGCCGACCGCGCGCCCGAGCGGCCUGCGGCGGCUGAAAGCCGCUGCCGGCGCUGGGGCCGCGCUGCUGCUGCUGCUGCUGGUCGGCCUGCCCCUGGCCCUGCUCGGGCUGCCGCUCUGGCUGCUCCUGCAGACCUGGCGCCGCCCCUUCUGCUACCAGCCCCCGCCGCAGUGCUGGGAGCCCCCAGCGCCCUGGCGCCCCCCGGCCGAGCCCGCGCGCUGCUUCAGCUUCCUCAGCGCCAACCUGUGCCUGCUCCCCGACGGGCUGGCGCGCUUCAGCAACUUGAAGCACAGCCAGCGGCGGGCCGAGGCUGUGGGCGCCGCGCUGCUCGCCGGCCUGCGGCCCUCGCGCUAUGGGGCCACUGGCAGCAGUCCGCCGGGGCCGGGGGCGCCCUGCGGAGUGCUGACAGCCGAGGUGCCGGCAGGUCUGGAAUUCGUGUGCCUGCAGGAGGUGUUCGACCUGCGCUCGGCGCACCGCCUCGUGAGCCGCCUAGCGCCCAGUCUGGGCCCGGUGCUGCACGACGUGGGCUCGUGUGGCCUGCAGCCCGGGCCGCACCUCAAGCUGCUCGGCAGCGGGCUGCUGCUGGCCUCGCGCUACCCGCUGCUGCGCGCCGCCUUCCGGUCCUUCCCCCACGCACGUCGCGAGGACGCGCUGGCCUCCAAGGGACUGCUUUCCGCACAGGUACCUGCCCAACCGCCGCGGCGCCUCCUGGCGGGGAGAGGGCUGGCGUGGGCUCGAACUGGCGACGGUUGCUGGGGCCCUCCGUGGUGUUGCAGGCGCAGGUGGGCAUCCUGGACGGGCGCCGCGUCGUGGGCUUCCUGCACUGCACGCACUUGCAUGCGCCGAGUGGUGAGCCCGAGGACGGGAUCGUCGGCGCGUGGGCAGGCCGUCUGGCCUCUCCGCGCCCCCGACCGUUGGUUCACUGCCCGCGGCACCGCGAGCCCCGGGGAGGGGGGGGGCGGGGAGCGCGGCCCCGCUGAGCCUUCCGUUCCCGCCCUCGCAGAGGACGGGCCCUUGCGCUGUAAACAGCUGACGCUCCUACUGGACUGGAUCGAGCAGUUUGAAGCCGAGAGCCGCGAGAGUGGCGAGGCCGUGGCCUUCAGCGUGCUCCUGGGCGACCUAAACUUCGACAACUGCUCCUCAGACCACGCGCAGGAGCAGGAGCACCAGCUCUUCAGCCACUUCCGGGACCCCUGCCGGCUGGGCACGCGCCGGGAUCAGCCCUGGGCUCUGGGCACAAUACUGAGCACCUCCACCCUCCGCCACUCGGUGGCCUGCUCCCCGGAGAUGUUAAGGAGGGCCCUGGAGCAGGAGGAAGGGCGCCGCCGCUACCUGGCGGGCCCUCUGGGCGGAGGCCGCCGGGCUGAGCCCUGGCGGGGCCGGCGCCUGGACUACAUCAUGUACCGGGGAGCGGUCGGAGGCCCGCUGAGCCCAGAGGUGGAACAGGUGACGUUCAGCACCGCCCUGGCGGGGCUCACAGACCACCUGGCCGUGGGACUUCGCCUCCGAGUUUCCGUGCCCUCCUGACGCAGGCUCGCAGGCGACAGUUGGAAAGACGGACGCGGACGCAGAGCGUGAGCCUGGCCGGCUGCCGCGGGAACGCGGUGACUUCGCUGUUUAUUGUGGGGGCCCUCCCUCACACCGCCUCCUGGGCUCUGCGGUACUCGUAGACGCUGCCGCGCUCAGAGAAGGCUGGGGGCUGCGGAGGCGACCCCGGCGGUGGGGCGGGGUCCUCCGGGUCCCCGUAGCCGCCCCCGCCUGGUGUGUGGAGGCAGAACACGUCCUGUGGAGCAGAGGGACAGGCUCACUGCGGGCGUGGACGCCCCCAACCCUGCCUCUCGCUGCAGUCCCAUCCCCACCGGGGCAGCGCAUUCAUGGCGGCCGGUCUGGCCCACGGAGGCCCACUGCGCGCCCUCUCCUUCGGAAACCAAAUUAAAUUCAGACGCUGGUUAUUUUUGCAA